AUCGGGAGCUUGAUGUUGAUAAAGUAAAGCGCCGGAGUGCGGGCGAAGCAUGUGUAGGGCUCCGGGUCCCUGUCUCCGCCGCCGCCGUCCGCGCCUCCCGCCGCUGGCCCGCCCCGGCCCCGGCCCGCGCCCCCGCGCCCCGCCGCCGGCCCCGCCGGCCCCCCGCGCGAGAUGAUGGACGGCCGCCUCCUGGAGCACCCGCAUGCCCAGUUCGGGGGCUCACUGGGCGGCGUGGUGGGCUUCCCCUACCCGCUGGGCCACCACCACGUGUACGAGCUGGCCGGCCACCAGCUGCAGUCGGCCGCCGCCGCCGCCGCCGCCGCCGCCUCGGUACCCUUCUCCAUCGACGGUCUGCUCAGCGGCUCGUGCGCCGCCGCCGCCUCGGUGGUCAACCCCACGCCGCUGCUGCCGGCCGCCUGCGGGGUCGGCGGCGAUAGCCAGCCCUUCAAGCUGUCAGACUCGGGGGACCCGGACAAGGAGAGCCCGGGCUGCAAGCGGCGGCGCACCCGCACCAACUUCACGGGCUGGCAGCUGGAGGAACUGGAGAAGGCGUUCAACGAGAGCCACUAUCCCGACGUGUUCAUGCGCGAGGCGCUGGCGCUGCGCCUGGAUCUGGUUGAGUCCCGAGUUCAGGUCUGGUUCCAAAACCGCCGGGCCAAGUGGAGGAAGAAGGAGAACACGAAGAAGGGCCCUGGGCGGCCGGCGCACAACUCCCAUCCUACCACGUGCAGUGGCGAGCCGAUGGACCCGGAGGAGAUCGCACGCAAGGAACUGGAGAAGAUGGAGAAGAAGAAGCGCAAGCACGAGAAGAAGCUGCUCAAGAGCCAGAGCCGCCACUUGCACUCGCCCGGCGGCCUGUCCCUGCACAGCGCGCCCAGCUCCGACAGCGACAGCGGCGGCGGCGGCCUGUCCCCGGAGCCGCCCGAGCCGCCGCCGCCCGCCGCCGCGGCCAAGGGCCCCGGCGCGCACACCGCCGGCGCCGCCGGUGCUGCGCCCGCACCGCCCGGCGAGCCGCCCGCUCCCGGCACCUGCGAUCCCGCCUUUUACCCGAGCCAAAGAAGCGGCGCCGGCCCGCAGCCGCGGCUAGGCCGCCCCGCGGACAAGGACGCGACCCCGUGUGCGCCCGGGUCGGCGGCGGCGGCGGCGGCCGAGCGCGGCGCCGCGGGCCCGCCCAAGGCCAGCCCGUUCAGCGUGGAGAGCCUGCUGUCCGACUCGCCGCCGCGCCGGAAAGCACCCCCCGCCAACGCCGCCGCCGCUGCGGGGCUGGACUUCGCGCCCGGCCUGCCGUGCGCGCCGCGGACCCUCAUCGGCAAGGGCCACUUCCUGCUCUACCCCAUCACGCAGCCGCUCGGCUUCUUGGUGCCGCAGGCCGCGCUCAAGGGCGGCGCGGGUCCCGAGCCCGCGCCCAAGGACGCGCCGCCCGCGCCCGCCGCGCCGCCCGCGCCGCCCGCCCAGGCCAGCUUCGGGGCCUUCCCGGGGCCCGGCGGCGCUCCGGACUCGGCCUUCGCGCGCCGCAGCCCUGACGCCGUCGCCUCCUCGGGGGCCCCGACCCUAGCGCCUUUUCAGGACGCGGCGGCGGCCGCGGCCGAGGGCGGCGGCAGGGACUGCGCAGACGCGGGGGCCGCCUGCCCAGCGGCGCCGCCGCCGCCACCGCUCGCGCUGUCGCCCGGGCCCGGCCCGCGGGCUCCCAGCCCCGCUGCGGAGCCGGCCGUUGGCGGGACCCCCGAAUCGGGCGCCGUAGCCGGACCCAGCGCGCCGGAUGGCGAGGAAGUGGACAUGGACUGA